AAAGUCAAAACCCUUGUUGGACUUGAAGUUCUUCUUUACAGAAUCACAAACCCACGAAACGGGAACAGUCCAGUUUUAGAAGACGAAUUUAAUUUUAAAAGAAAAAAAAAAGGGAAAAAAAGAAAAAAUCCGAUAACGUGAUGGAGCUGGAGGAGGAGAUCCGAAGAUUGCAGAGUGAAGAAAAAGCAUAGAAUCUUUUGGGAAAGGGUGGUUUGAAGUUGAACCCCUCAGGUCGCCUAUCUCUUUCGAAGCCAUUGCAAUUGCAAAAUAACACUCAGAAGAAUCUCCAAAGUUUCCAACUUAUAUUUGUUCCUCAUGCUUUCAUGUCACGUUCGCAGAUUAUGAUUACGAUGAUGAUGAUGAUGAUGAUGAUGAUAAGGAGACAAUCCUUUGUUCGUUUACUAUGCGGGGUCUUAUUAGUUAUCUCGCUGAUUCCCGCCUUAAGCGGCGUCGUUUCAUACUCCGACCGCCCGGGCUCGCAGAUUGGGAGCUCUCAUGACAACGGUUUAAUAGGCUUGUCUCGAUCCCCUGGCCGAUCCCUCCUGUCCCAUUCACAAGGCAAUAAUCCUAGCACAGCACUAAUUGCUGCAUUGGAUGGGACAAUCCAUCUAGUAGAAAGUAGUUCUAUGAGAGUAAUCUGGUCGUUUGCUUCAGGAGCGCCAAUUUACACUUCUUAUCAGGCUCCUGCGGUGGGAAAAGAUAUUGAUGAAGAAAGCACCAAUGGGCAAAGUAGUGGGUUCUUCAUAGAUUGUGGAGAUGAUUGGGAGUUGUAUAUGCAGAGUGACCACUUUGGUCGAAUGAAACUUUCUAUGACCAUUGAUGAUUUCAUCAGAAGUACGCCAUACAUAUCAGAGGAUGGGGCAGUUACCCUUGGAUCUAAGAAGACCUCAGUGUUUGAGGUUGAACCAGAGACUGGAAGGGUGAUUCGUAGUUACACUGUAUCUGACUCUCCGUCUACAAUGAAUAGCAAUGAAGAGAAGACUGCUAGAAAUAGUAAUCCAAAUAAUAAUGAGUUGGUAAAGUCAGGUUCAGUUGAUUCGAAUGCUGCUCAUCUGCGAUUACAAAUUAUGAGGACAGAUUAUACUUUGAAGUCAUUUUCCCCUAAUUCUGAAAAAGUAGCAUGGAAUAUGACAAUUGCUGAAAUUGGAGCUGCUUUGCUUUGUCAAGAUGUUGAGAAUCCAUUUAGUGGGGCUCCUUUUAUUUUGAAAGACAUGCUUGGUUCUGAAACUGGCAGCGAUAUUGCUUUACCAUUGUCAUGCCAAUCAAAAGCAAUUAUUUUUCGCCUUCGAAAUCAUACUUUGUUAGGGUCACCUAGGUCUGAAAGACUAUCAGGAGGUCAUCAUGAAGAUACCAUGCUUCCAAUGUCGGGUUCAGGUCUAAUGCUUCCUUCCCAACCUGAGGAUGAAAAACUCUCAGAUGUUCAGCAGGAUACGAUUAUGCUCCCGGCACCCAUUAAGAGCCCAAUUUUUCCUGGCAAUGAGGCCAAGCCUCUCAUUGAGAAUGGUGAUUCUGGGCUAGUAGAUGUGCAUGAUAUGAGAACUUCCCCUAGCAAUGUGUUUAGCAUUUUUUAUGAUUGGUCAGCUAUAUUGUCUUUCACUGUGUCUGUUUUCAUUCUCAUGGGCAUUGUUAUACACUGCAAUAAAGGGAAAGUUAGAUUGAGUGAGCAGCCAGGAAAUACUAGUUCAAAAGCUUCAUCUUCUAAGAAGAAGAAAGUUCGGAAAUUGGGAAAGAAUAAUGGCAGCGUUGAUAACGAGGAAAAGCAUUUAUCACCUGCAAGUGAGAAUGCCCUUCCACACAGUGAUGGUGAUGACAAAGUAUGGUCAGUGCAUAAUAAACUUCUUGAUUAUGGCGCAAAUGGACGGAGGAUAGGAAAGCUACUUGUAUCAAAUAUGGAAAUUGCUAAGGGAAGUAAUGGGACUGUUGUCCUUGAGGGAAAUUAUGAAGGCCGACCAGUUGCUGUGAAACGCCUUGUUCAAGCUCACCAUGACGUGGCUUUUAAAGAAAUUCAAAAUCUUAUAGCAUCUGAUCGACAUCCAAACAUUGUACGAUGGUAUGGGGUGGAAUACGAUCAAGAUUUUGUCUAUCUUUCUCUAGAGCGUUGCACUUGCAGCUUGGACGAUGUGAUUCAAAUAUAUUCACAUAUUUCUCAUUAUCCAAUAUCUGGUGAGGACCAUGCUACACGACUCACGUUUGAGUGUAAGGCCCGGUUCGCAUCAGUGAAGAAUAUUAUGCAGGAUAUUAAUUUUUGGAAAGAAAAUGGCCAUCCAUCACCUUUAUUGAUAAAAUUGAUGAGGGAUAUGGUUUCUGGGCUUCUGCAUUUGCAUGAAUUGGGAAUUAUUCAUCGUGACCUAAAACCUCAAAAUGUUUUGAUAAUUAAGGAAAAAUCUUUAUGUGCAAAGCUUUCUGAUAUGGGAAUUAGCAAACGACUUGUUGGGGAUAUGUCUUCCUUGAGUCAUCACGCUACUGGUUGUGGCAGUUCAGGUUGGCAAGCACCCGAGCAGCUUCUUCAUGGACGCCAAACACGUGCCGUGGAUAUGUUCAGUUUAGGUUGCGUCCUUUUCUUCUGCAUCACAGGUGGUAGGCAUCCAUUUGGUGACCGUCUUGAACGUGAUAUAAAUAUUGUGAAGAAUCAGAUGGAUAUCUUCCCUGUGGAGCAUAUCCCUGAAGCUGUAGAUGUUAUUUCUCAUUUAUUGAACCCUGAUCCUGAGUUAAGGCCCAAGUCAAUUGAGGUGCUGCAGCAUCCUCUAUUCUGGAGUUCUGAGAUAAGACUUUCAUUUCUUCGUGACACUAGUGACAGGGUGGAAAUGGAAGAUAGAGAAGCUGACUCUGAUAUUUUGAAAGCACUAGAAAGUAUUGCACCCAUUGCUUUGGGUGGAAAAUGGGAUGAAAAGAUGGAACCUGUAUUUCUAAAUAACAUUGGCCGCUACAGGCGUUAUAAGUUUGAUAGUGUUAGAGACUUACUCCGAGUUAUGCGAAACAAAUUGAAUCACUAUAGAGAACUUCCAAAAGAAAUACAGGAACUUGUAGGAGGAGUUCCUGAAGGAUUUGACAGCUACUUUGCAAGUCGAUUCCCAAGACUCUUAAUUGAAGUAUACAAAGUUGUAUGCAGAUACUGUAGAGAAGAGGAAUGCUUUCUCAAGUAUUUCAAAAGCGAUGUGUGGUAGUUGCUUCUUAGGCAUCUCUAAUUGCUUUAGCUGCGACAGUGCUGGACAUUUAUUGUAAAUGUAACAUGUAUAUUAUAAUGUAUAAAAAUUCCUAUCAAUAAUCUUUGUAAAUGUCCAUCAAAGACUGCUUGGGUUU